ACCUGACCAGGCCUCUCCACCCCCUUGCAGUGACACACACAACGUUGGGAGGGAGGGGAAGCCUUUUAUUAUAUUUCUCUCUCUCCCCCCCCCCCACCAGCCCUGUUAACAUUUAUUAUUAUGCUUCCUUGGGAGGGGACUAGAGAGGCGGUUUCUGAAGGGAAGCGGGAGCUCGGGUUGGGGGGCCGUUGUGAGGGGGGCGUGUGUGCGGUUCCGUUCAGCGGCGGGCCAGGGAGCGCGGGCGGCUCCUCCUUCCCGCCUUCCUCUCCCGGCUCGGGUCUCCGCCUUCCCUUCCCUCCCCACCCAUGUCCCUUUCAAAAUGGCUGUUGGGUUUGAAGACUAUGGACCAGAUUGUGAUAGCAUGAGGAUAACAGCGUUCUUGGACAUCCCAGGGCAGGAUAACUUGGCUCCACUUGCACGUCUGGAAAAAUAUGCUUUUAGCGAUAAUAUAUUCAACAGGCAAAUCAUUGCCAGAGGUCUGCUCGAUGUCUUCCGAGAUUUCAGUCAUAAUGACGAAGAUUACUUGACAGUAAUGGCAAUAGUGGUCAGGCUGUCAGAAGAUACAGAACCUACUGUACGGACAGAGCUAAUGGAACAGAUACCGCCCAUUGCCAUUUUUCUACAAGACAGCAGACAAAACUUCCCCACAGCCUUUUCCGAAUAUCUUAUGCCCAUUGUGGUGAGAUACCUUACAGAUCCAAACAACCAGGUUAGAAAAGCCAGCCAGGAAUCUCUGGUGAUACUGCUGGAACAAGGGCUCAUUUCUCAAAGUGAUAUUGAAAAUAAAGUAUGCCCAAUCCUGUUGGACUUGUCUGCUCCAGAGAGUGAUGAUGAAUACAAGGUGGAAGCUGUCAAUAUAAUCUGCAAAAUGGCCUCUAUGGUGAACAAAUCGACAGUUGAAUGCUUACUUCUUCCCCGAUUCUGUGAGCUCUGUGGGGAUGGGAAACUUUUCCAAGUCCGUAAGGUUUGUGCAGCAAAUUUUGGUGAUAUCUGCAAUGCUGUUGGGCAAGAGGCCACAGAGAAGAGCCUGAUUCCUAAGUUUUUCGAGCUUUGCUCCGAUAGCGUUUGGGGUAUGAGGAAGGCUUGUGCCGAAUGCUUUAUGGCUGUCUCGUACACGACGUCACCUGAAAUUCGGAGGAGCAAGCUGUCUCCCCUUUUUAUCAGUCUCAUCAGUGACCCUUGCCGAUGGGUUCGCCAAGCUGCUUUCCAAUCCCUUGGACCAUUUAUUUCUACUUUUGCAAACCCUUCCAGUGCUGGUCUCUACAUUCGGGAAGAUGGGACUCUCAGCAUCCGGCCUUCUAGCCCCCGCCCAACAGGCAACAAUACAAAUACCAUGCCAUGCAGCUCAGAGGAGCCCGUGGAGAAUAAAUCAGAAUCAUUGACGGAAGGACCUUCUAAUAGCUGCACAUCUUGCUCUGGAAAUUCAGCUGCACCAGGAGAAAGCUCAGUUGCACAUAAUCAUUCUGAGAUAGAUCUGACUCGACUGACUGAGAGUGAAAGCGUUGCCACUCGUAUAGCCCAGGAUACGAAAGACUGUCAGGUCAGCAAUUGCAAGGGAAUGAACUCCAGGGUUCAGUCUGCAGAAGACGUGUUUAAUACUUUCUUAUACUGGCGUCCUCCCCUUCCGGACAUUAGUCAGGAUCUGGAACUGCUUCAGUGCAAAACAGAGAUGCACGAAGAAUGCUGCUCGGCAUCAGAAGCACUUUGUAACAACUGUGUUGCCAGCAGCGAAAUCAAAAAGGUGCUGCAAAGUUUGCAGGAGCACAUGGAUGACCCUGACGUCCAAGCUCAGGUGCAAGUGUUGUCUGCUGCACUCAGAGCUGCUCAUCUCGACUCUGUCAACGAUUGUGGCGCCAAACAAGAUGAAGAAGUUAACAGCAGCGGCCAGGAAGAGGCAUCCCUUUUGGACCCCGAUCACAGCACAGGGAAUGAAGAAAGAAGCUUGCCUUCAUCGCCAACCCAGGGAGAGACAAUUGAUCCCCCCAUUCCAACUAUAAUGAAAAAUGUGGAUGUAGAAGAACUACUUAAUGGGACCGACAGAGCUUUAGAAAUAGAAGAUAAUGAUCCACCCUUUGAAGAAGAUAAAUCAAAAUUACAGGAUAUCAUACCUCAGCCUUUACUGGACCAGUACUUAUCAAUGACGGACCCUGCUCGAGCACAGACGGUUGAUACUGAAAUAGCAAAACACUGUGCAUACAGUCUUCCUGGUGUGGCUUUAACAUUGGGGAGACAGAAUUGGCAUUGCUUGAAAGACACCUAUGAAACCUUGGCAUCAGACGUACAGUGGAAGGUGCGUCGGACGCUGGCUUUUUCCAUUCACGAGUUGGCUGUUAUUUUGGGAGAUCAGCUAACAGCGGCAGAUCUGGUGCCUAUUUUCAACGGUUUCUUAAAAGACCUGGAUGAAGUGCGCAUUGGAGUCCUUAAACACCUGUAUGACUUCCUUAAGUUGCUUCAUGCAGACAAAAGGCGCGAAUACCUUUAUCAGCUUCAAGAGUUUGUUGUUACCGAUAACAGUAGGAACUGGAGGUUUCGCUAUGAACUUGCAGAACAACUGAUUUUGAUCCUGGAGCUCUACAAUCCCAACGACGUAUAUGACUACCUAAGACACAUUGCACUAACGCUCUGUUCAGAUAAAGUCUCUGAAGUCAGGUGGAUCUCCUUCAAGCUGGUUGUAGCAAUAUUACAGAAGUUUUAUGCCAACGGUGCAAACUCUCUGGGGUUAAAUUUCAUUAACGAGUUGAUCGUGAGGUUCCGCCAUUGUUCCAAGUGGGUUGGAAGACAAGCAUUUGCCUUCAUCUGCCAGGCAGUGGUGGAAGAGGAGUGCAUGCCGGUGAACCAUUUUGUUGAGCACCUGCUGCCCAGUCUCCUGAGCUUGGCUUCUGACCCUGUGCCAAACGUAAGGGUUCUGCUUGCCAAGGCUCUGAAGCAAACAUUAUUGGAGAAAGCUUAUUUCAGAAGCGUGGGCAACCCUCACCUCGAGGCUGUGGAAGAGACUGUUCUGGUCCUGCGAGCAGACAGGGAUCAGGAUGUGGCCUUUUUUGCCACCAUCAAACCAAAACACCAGACCAUGCACAUUACUGCACUCGAGAAACAAAACUGACUUCCUUUAUGUGUGUGUGUGGACCACAACUAACCAGGAAGGAAGACUGCAUCAAGCAAAUCAAUGCAACCCAAGAGAAAAGGGCUCGUUCUUAAUUCAGUCACGUUAACUGAGGAAUGUGUGGACCUAUCCAUAAAACAGCAAUGUGAUUUGGGAUACUCAGCCACUCCCCCAGCUCUCUUUUACAGACAUGGAGAUUAACGAUCUCAGCAAAAAGUCCAGUAUUUAUAUCUGCGUUCGUGUGAAAUGCACGCAUUCUCAGCUUCAGCAUCCUCCAAGGUUACAGGAAUAUGCCUUUUGAAAUUCGCUGACUGAAGGACAAGGGAAUUGCUUGGUUGCCACCUCAGGCUUGAGCUAAUAUGGUCAGCAGACAUAAAAACCAUGGACACUUAACUCCCAUUUUGUUACUAAACUGCUCAGUUGUUUAUGGCAUUUCAUUUUAUGAUAUUGGUUUACUCAACAUGUACAUAUGAAACUGCAAAGAAUUAGGAAAACUUGAAUCUUGUAUUGGUAACAAGUCAUUUUUUAAAGGCAAAAAUACAGCACAGUUGUCUUGUUAGAGCAAAGAAAUGUUUCUUUUUGUCAAAGAUAGAUUUUUUUUAAAAAAAAUCACUUUGUGAACUGUGGCAUUUCAGUCUUGUGUGUUGGUGUGUGUUAAAUUAAAAACCAACCCUUUUUAGUGAUUGCUUUCCUUCAUUCCUGCUAACUUUCAAUCUCAUCUGCACAGUCCUCAGAUCACUAUCGUGGAGGUAGUCCAGACGCUUCUUUGGGUCUACUCUGGAGUAAGCGGUUUGAGGUUUGUGGGUUUGAACUGUUAACGUUUCGGUAGUGGAAAUUUAUUUUACGUUGUGUAAAAUCCAUCUAAGCACCUCUUUUUUUUAAAAAAAAAAAAAUACAAGGGUGACAUAUAGUGAAAUCCAAAAUGUGAAUUCUUGAGGUUCAGAAAACCAUUUGUUUGUAUGUAAGUAAAAAUUCUGAAUAUCUGGAUUUCUUUCCUUUGCCCGAUGAGAAUUCAUUUUUUCUGAUGGAGAUCAGUGGGAAUAAGUGAGUCCUGCUCUGGAAAUUCAUGGGUUGUGAUGUGUGGCACUGGUGUUGAGGAUUAUUCACAGGAGUGUUGAAUUAAAUUUUAACUAGUGAAUGACCACAACCCCCCCCCCCCCCGAGUUCUGCAGAAGGAUCUUAUCAGUAAUGAAACUGGAUCUUCAUGGUUUCUUUCCUUUGAAAUGUGAAUACUUGCAACGGGCACGCUAUAUAAUCUUAAAAGUCAGAAGCAUGUAGUUCACAGUGUUGCAUUAAGUGUCAGAUUAACUCCUGGUAAAUCUUCUCAAUGUUUAGGAUUUUUUUUAAAGUUUAAUUUUCCACAAUUGCCUAUCAAACUCAGGCCAUGAAAAGUGUUCCAUAUCUGCAAUACAGUGUUCUGCAUUUGUAAUAACGUUAUUUGCUUUGCAAAUUCCUUGACUGCUUUUAGAGAUGACCUAUAGAGCGAUUUGUCUUUAGUAUUUCAGCAUAAAACAACUGUGUAAGAUGUGAAUACUGCAAGGAAAUUCUGUGCUUAAACCUUUAAAUAAGUUGGAAACAAAUGCCUCGUCAAUGCAAAUGAAUAUGUAUGACUGCAAUUUCUCAGCAAAAAAAUGACAUUUUUUGUAAUUUUAAUAUCUUUUUCUAAUGCUAAACAUUAUACAAGUGUUUUUUUUAACAGUUCAGAUUUUUCUAAAAAAUUUUGAAUCUUUUUUUUGUUUGUUUCUGUUGAUCGUGACAGGUUGUUAAAUUUCUCAGCACUGAUCAUUUUGGUUUUUUGGGUUUUUUUAAAAGUGUACAUAGGAACGUUUGAAAAAGAACUAUAUAUAUAGUCUGUUCUUUGGACAUAACCUAGUUUUGGCUGCCAUUUUGUGUGUUUUAGAUUGAUGUGUACCCUUUGCUGCACUAGUCCAACUAAGUAUCAUAAACUUCCUCAUGUCUUUUAGAACGUUGGUGUGGUUUCCAUGAAGGUUUUUUGGGGGGUGGGGCGGGGGUCUGUGUCACUCGUGCAUGAGUAACUCACUAAAUUUAAUUUUUACCGAUAUGACAAAUCAAAUUUUACAUUUUUUAAAAAAAACAAAAACACCUUUUUUUUCCUAAAUCCAUUUUGUCCUUUUUGAAAAUGUGAUUUUUGAAAACUAAGACUCUAUAGUUGGCAUGUACUAGAAAAAAAGAAUUUUGUGCAGUUUUAGUCAACUCAAUUUUUUCCUCCCCACACCUUUUUCUACCAUGCAGUCUCCUCUCACCAACUCAAGAUACCAGUGUGGAGGGUUUACAUUUGGUUUUACUAUUGGCAAUGGGCGUAAACCGCAAAGAGCUACGCCUGUGUAAUCUCCAUUCAUCCAAACAGGGUUUUUUUGUAAUUUUGCAUGUGCCAGGCGAAACAUCUGAAAGGUGUCCUGGAGCCAUCCCUUAACUGCCCUCCCCCCUCCCCCCCAGUAAAGCGUAACUGGAUGGCAGCACCUUAUCAAUCAUUUUAGCAAAAAAAGACCAGACAUGUGCAACAAAGAUGAAAGUAGCAUAGUCACUGUUUAAAUUAUGUCAGCAUUCUCUUUCAAAUCAUCACAACUAAGCAGAAGUUCAUUAAGUUAGCCACCCUUCUCUUGUUAAAAGCUGCAAGGGUUUCACUUUCAACCACAUUUGGAUAAGGGGUGUGGAAAACAACCUUGGUGGUGCAAUACUGAAAUAUCGGGCACUAGUAAUCCAAAGCAUGUUUGUUGUCUGACUGAGAAAUCAACCCUGCUGUUAUCUGCUGUAUAUGGUUAUACAAUUGGCGCCUCCUGGAAAAUCUGCCCAAGUGGCAGAUAUAUGUCUAUAAAGGACAGUGUUUAAGGCCCCAAUAGAUGGAGACACUCUGGAAGUGCCACUGAUUUUGUCAAGAGCAUAGAAUCUAUGUAACUUUUUCGUAUUUAUCCUAAUAAAUCGCUUGACUGUUUUAUCAAA